CUUGAUUCUUGAUUGAAGUUUAAAAAAAUUGUGAAAAUCAUUUUGUUGCGUUAUUUUCGUGUUUGUUGUCUUUUCUUGAAAUAAAUCCAAAUACAUUAGUCUUGUAUUACACGUAGUUAUUUCUAAAAAGUUUGAAUCUUUACGUUAUACAAAUUAAUUCUUGUUUAUCAUCAUCAUGGAGCUGUCUGCGGAAGGUACUACACCAGAAUACAUGGCAUUAGCCGGAAUUAAGUUCAAACUAACUUUGCCAGAGCUAAAGGACGACCCUCAGCUAAAAGAACAGCUAUUCAAAGGCAUCAAGGAUGGGAACAUGGCACCUUACUACAAGGAGGUUUGCACUGAUCUUGGGUGGCAAUUUGACCAAAGAUUGUUUGAUGAAAUGGCUAACGAAAACCAGGACAGAUUAUCCAAAUUCAAAGAAGAUGACUCAGAAACACCAGUGUGGCAGGACAGACUUGACUACCUGUGUUCUAUUGGCGACAAGGAAGCAGCAACUGCCCUAGCUACGUCUAAAUACGAGGAUACCACCCUGACCACCAACAGGAGGCUGGACGCCAUGUUUGCAUUGUUCAGGAUCGCCUACUUCCAUGGAUGUAAUGUGAAGGAAAUGGGAAAAUGUGUCACAAAAGCGCAUGAGCUGGUUGACAAGGGUGGCGACUGGAGGUCCCGCAACAAGCUGAAGGCGUAUGAGGCCAUCUACUGUCUGGCGGUCAGAGACUACAACCGGGCCGCUGAACUCUUCAUUGACUGCGUCUCCACCUUUGAAUCUUAUGAAUUGGUUGACUUUGGCACAAUAAUCCAGUACUGCGUGCUAGCGUGCGCGCUGGCGCUGGAGCGGCACGCGCUGCAGGCGGCGCUGCGGCGGCAGGGCGCGGCCGUGCAGGCGCUGCGCUCGCGCUUCCCCGAGCUGCGCGAGCUGGUGGAGUCGCUGCACGAGUGCCGGUAUGCGGACUUCAUGAAGAGCCUCGCCUGGGUGGAAACCCAAAUCUGCGUGGACCCGGUGUUCCGCCCCCACUACCAGCACUACGUGCGCGAGGCGCGCAUCAAGGCGUACGUGCAGCUGCUGCGCGCCUAUCGCUCGCUCAGCCUCGACAACAUCGCCGACACGUUCGGGGUGACGCGCGAGUUCGUUGAGGAUGAGAUUGCUGUCUUCACAGCAGCAGGUCGGCUGCAGUGCCGCAUCGACGCGGUGGGCGGCUGCGUGGUGACGGGCUCGGGCCGCGGCGCCGACGCCGACCGCUCGCAGCUGUACCAGGCCACCAUCCGCGAGGGCGACCUGCUGCUCAACAGGGUCAAGAAGCUGGCCAGUGUCAUCAACUUCUAGAUUCUCUGUGGUACACUCGAUUUACUUUUUUUUGUAGUUAGUUUUAUUUUUGCGCGUUCGAAUUUGGAACGCGUUCUGCGCGGUUUUUUAAAUUGAUUUUGUACGUUGAACGAUUUGAAUCUGCGUUUUAGAUGUCGGUUUCUCGGUCGCUUCUUUGUUAAAUCGCUUUAUAAAAAAUAUAAGUCGUAUUAUAAGACUAAGAUAAUUAAUUAUAAAUAAUAGAUUAAAACUAAUAAUAGUCUAUAGAAAAUUGAGUGUACUCUAAUGCUUUUUUUAAAUAAAUGUACGUAAAAAAAUUA